UGUUUGGGACCAAUAAACCAGGCAAACCAACCGCAGCUGCUGGAUCCCCUCUGAAUUCAGGAGGAAAGGUGUUCCAGGCUGUGAUAAUUCACCCAGGGAGCCUUGGCACAUUUGUUUUUUUCUGCAUAAACUUGAAAAACAUAGAAGGGAUGCCAACAUAUUCCGAGUGUUGAUUCCUGCAUUGUUUUGAAGGCAGUUCUGGGGGGAUGGAUGCGAGCAGAGGCGCACCGAGGCAGCGCUGACACAGACCCGGCUCAGCUGUGGAAAACCCAGGAGGACAAACCGACGACUGCUUUUAAAACAUUAACAGGCCACAGAUCAGCGGCUGCUCCUUAUUCUGCACGUGUUCGGAUUUCAUAUGAGGAUCUGGAAGAAAAAGCACGUUUCCAAUCUACUCUCUUGCUUUGCAAUGAGAGAGAAAACAGCAGCGCUUUGAUUUCUUAAUUCCCUUCUCCCCAUCUCGCCCUGGUUUGUUUCCUGCUCUUCCAGCUGUGAUUAUCUCCUGCUUUCAUGUUCUGGCUUUGCUGUUGUCGAUCACUGUGGGAUCAACUCGUUUAGAUUUCAAAAGUGUGCAAAAGAGAGGACAGCGCUGGCACCCAUCCAUGCGCGCUGCGCGCCGUGUUUUUAUGAUUAAUAUGCAACUGUGACUUUAAACGGAGGCAGAAAAUAUCGCAUGCUUCUUACAUCUGCUCGCUGCACACUGGAAGGAAUCAUUUCUUUGAUGCAAAUUUCUGCAAACGCUCUGAUUUUGAACCUUUUUUUAACCGGCUGUCAGUGACGCAACCUCUCACAUAGACUGCACGAGAAAUCCACGCGUGGAAGGGCGUGAACUUGGCAACAUCCUCCUCAUAAAUAAAGCAUCUUCUUAUUCAUAAUCCCAACUCGCGCAGUUUGCAGCCAUCUAAAGUCAUCCUGCUGGGAACGAUGGAUCUGAAAGCGGACUCGGAGGACAUGGACUACAAGCAGCCGGCUCCCAUUGAAGUUUUUGCCACCAGGUCCACGCUGCACGGCAUCUCGCACAUGUUCACUUAUGAACGAAAGUACGUGAAGCGCAGCCUGUGGAUCGUGUUCUUCAUGGCCUCUUUGGGGGUGUUGGUGAUGGUCUGCGUGGACAGGGUGCAGUUUUACUUCGCUUAUCCCCACGUCACCAAGCUGGACGAGGUGGCCGCGUCCAUGAUCGUGUUCCCUGCGGUCACCUUCUGCAACCUCAACUCCUUCCGCUUCAGCCAGGUGACUCCUAACGACCUGUACCACGCGGGGGACUUCCUCGCCCUGCUCAAUGGAAGGUAUGAAAUCCGGGAUCCACAUCUGGUAGAGGAGAGUGUUCUGAAGACCUUAAAGGAGAGGACAGACUUUGACAACUAUAAGCCUCGACCUUUCAACAUGCGUGAAUUCUACGAUCGAACGGGCCACGAUAUUAAGGAAAUGCUGCUCUCCUGUUCCUACAGAGGGAUGGAGUGCAGUGCUGAACACUUCAAAGUGAUAUUUACACGCUACGGGAAAUGCUACACAUUUAAUUCAGGCCAAGAUGGGCGUCCCCUACUGGUGACGAUGAAGGGUGGGACUGGUAACGGCCUGGAGCUAAUGCUGGACAUCCAGCAGGAUGAAUACCUGCCUGUGUGGGGAGAGACUGAUGAAACGUCGUUUGAAGCGGGGAUUAAAGUUCAGAUCCACACACAAGAUGAGCCGCCAUUCAUAGACCAGCUUGGCUUCGGAGUGGCGCCAGGAUUUCAGACUUUUGUUUCCUGUCAGGAACAACGGCUGACGUACUUGCCCCCACCGUGGGGUGACUGCAAGUCCUCGGCAAUGGACUCAGACUUCUUCAGCACUUACAGCAUCACUGCCUGCAGAAUCGACUGUGAGACACGAUACCUGGUGGAGAACUGCAACUGCAGGAUGGUCCACAUGCCUGGAGAUGCCCCAUACUGCACCCCGGAGCAGUACAAGGAAUGUGCAGACCCUGCCUUGGACUUUCUUGUUGAGAGGGAUAAUGAUUACUGCGUGUGCGAGACUCCGUGCAACUUGACUCGAUAUGGCAAAGAGCUGUCCUUUGUGAAGAUACCCAGCAAGGCGUCCGCAAAGUACCUUGCCAAGAAAUUCAACAAGACUGAACAGUACAUUGCUGAUAACAUUCUGGUUCUGGAUAUCUACUUUGAAGCACUGAACUAUGAAACCAUUGAACAAAAGAAAGCCUACGAACUGGCAGGCCUUCUGGGCGAUAUCGGAGGUCAGAUGGGUCUCUUCAUAGGAGCCAGUAUCCUCACUGUUCUUGAGCUCUUUGACUAUCUGUAUGAGGUGAUCAAGUACAAGCUGUGCAGAUGCAUGAAGAAGAAACACAAAGGCCGCAGCAACAACGAUCGGGGAGCUGUGCUGAGCCUGGAUGAUGUGAAACACCAUGCUCCUUGUGACAACCUGCGUACACCAUCUUCAUACCCCGGGAACAUGCUACCUCACCAUCCGGGCCAGGGCAACUUUGAAGACUUCACUUGCUGAGCAGACCUCAGUAAAGCAUCACCGUGCGUGUUAUGCAACCAAAGCCGACCGUGCAGCAAGAACUAUCUGACGCACAGACAGGGAGGAACUGCUGCUGAUGAAUAUAACAGAGGCACUUUUUACAUAGAAACUAAUAAUAAAAUAUAAAAAAUAUUAAACACGAUAAAAGGAUUUUCAUCUAAAAGCCAAGUGAAGACAAAAGCCCUGAAGAUUAAAACGUAUAUUUUGAUUUUUAGACAAACAUUUCAUGCAACGCUCGAAACUUUUUGCGUCUUCCUUUGGAAUACUGCCACAGCGGAUACUGGUGGAGAAGGCUGGCCAACAAGGAACCUUCUGUGAAAAAGAAAAAAAAAUAGGAAAAGAAAAAAACAUUAAAGGUUACUGAAAAUUGUACAGUAAUUUCACCGCAAACAAUAAAAAAACCUCCAUGCCUUUAUGUAUGUGAGACAAGAACAUGAUGCGACCAUAUGACCCCCACAUCUGCUUCUGUGAUGAUAUUCAUGACGCUAACUCCACUGUACAUGUAGCAACACAAGGAGAGGAACAGCUGCUAUAGUCGGCUUCAGAAUGCAACUCUGCUCAUCGCUGAUGAGGACAUUUUAAUGGUGGGGGGGAGCAGAAGCAGCAGCGGAGGUGAAACAAUUAACAUAUGAAAAUGUACUGGUGAAAAUUUCAGGUCUCAUUUUCAUGGUAAUGCAUGCUUGUAUCUGUCCAGUGCAUGUUUUUUUUUUCAUUUCAUUUCUACUUCUAGUUGAGUUUAAUGUCUUCAUGUUCUGAACAUAUAAAUAUAUAUAUGAAUAUACAUUUACAUUGUAAUUACAAAGUCUGCUUCAGUGAUGAGCAGGUAGAGGAAGAUGAUUUCUGUGUUUUUUGCUUACUGGUGUGUGUGUAGGGGUGUGUGUGUGUGUGCAGGGCGUCAUCUGUAAUGCCCAACCUGGUGAAUGUUGGCUAAUCGUCCUGUUCUCAGUUUCUCACAUGUGCCGAAUGAGUUGAAGAAUCUUCGCUCACCUUCAUUUAAGUUUGCAUUGACCUCAAAGAAAGGGGAUUUCUUUUUAUAACCAUCGGUUCUAUUUCUGUUCACGUUUAUUCAUGAAUAACUUGCAUUUCUCUGGGGCUUCUAGAAAUGUUCACUAUCUGUUUUCUAGUUGCAAAAGUCUUACCGAAGCACAAUAUCAUAAGUGUGUAGAGAUGAUCUAAAAGAAAACUUACUAUUGUUCUUGAUAUAUUGUCAUAUUAGGAUCAUGUUAAUCCCACUUUUUUUGUUUUGUUUUUUUCAUAUCAUUCUUGUUAAGUUUGAAAUGACCAUUUCUGGGUCAGGGUAAAGGCCUGGCCUGUCCAUUUAGUUACCGAGGCAUAAAUAAAAUGUAACUAUGGUUUUUGAAAUUUGUCUUGUGAGGAUUUCUUCUCAAUAGCAAAUUAACUUUUAAAAGCUUUGAUUUGGUGGAGCAAACAGAAGCAGACGAUGUUUUUUCAUCACCAACUAGAGUGUGAAGUUUUGUUUUUAAUCACAAGUUGCUCUUGGUAAAAUCUGAUUAAGAUUCAUCUGGGGUUACAUCAGCUAAUCAGCUUGUAAUUUGGAGUGUUGCCUUUCAACACUUUAUUUUGAAUUAAAUCAGCUUUAAAAAAAAAAGGGUUUGGGGGAAACGAAUGUGGCAUUAAAGAAGAAAUGGCUUAACUCUGUCAACCCUUCAUUUGUGCCGCCGUUGAAAUGCUGUAAGCCACAAUGUUUCUGUUUUUUCGAGUCCAUGCCUUUAAAAUGUAAUUACACUUUCAGUAGUUAAGUGACAAAAGGAUGGAUGGGGAAUAUCUUGCACUGCCAGUUUAAGUUUAAUCAAUAUUGUCAAUCAACCAGCAGUUGAACACUAUGGGCGACAACUAUUGGGUUUUUUCUUUAGAUCUGCUGCCAACUGGUGCACAUGUAGCAGUUAUGUGAUGCGUAACUUUCUUAAUAUUGGAACCCAAAAAAUAAUGUAUUUGCCGCUCGCUGUGUGAGGCGUCGUGGGUCAUCUGACGAGGAGAGCGGUCGUUUUGCCUUAUAAUUUUUUCAUGAUUUCCUUUAGCGGUGGACGCACACGUUUUUUUGUUGCCCAUCAAAAUUGAGAGCACAUUUAUUUUUUAUCAGUUCACAGGAGAAGCCUCCACCGGUGGCUACACAUGAAUAUACAAGCUUAAAAUUUCACGCCAAGAAUCUGUUAUGUCUGAUGAAGACUUUACUGUGUUUAAAUGUGUGAAACAUGACUUUUCCCUCCAGCGGUUUUUAUUAACUGGUGUUGUACCUGCCGAGAAGACAAAUUAAUUAAGAAAUAAAGAGUGAAGGUGUUCAUUU